UCCCGGAUGUUGAUCGGAGCGGCGCCAUCGCGCAUGCGCGUGCCGGAUUGCCGUCGGGAACAGGAAGGGAGCAGCAGUUCAUGGAAGACUGUCAGCACAAAACGGAAGACGGCACCCAUCAGGAGGACACUGAACACAGCACUAGAGAAUCGUGCUCAUGUCCAUCUGCCCCAUCUCACGCUACCCUUACCUGUGUUUCAUCACGACCGGGUUUAACCCAAACACCCUCCCCCUGUCCUGUCAUCGGGGGUUCAUGUGACCCCCUUGAGGGAGGGAAUGAUGCAAAGGGGACUGCUGUGGCCAACGGACUGCCCCUCUCCACGGUGUCACAGUGCUACAUGCCCCGUGAGGUGCCCCCACGCUUCCGGAAUCAGCAGGAACCAAAAGUGUUACUGAAGAGGGGCCAGCCACCACUGUCCUGCAUGCUACUGGGGGGUGGGAACGGAGGGGAUGCCACGCCCUCCCCUAAUGCAAGUACAGCAGACGCCUCAGAUCCUACUGUAGAUCCAGUAUCUCUUCACUCAACAUCUGAUGCCUCUUACACUCCCUCUCAUGCAAAUUACACAUGGGGGCUGGGCUCAGGAGUUCAACCCCCUGCUCAGGGAAUGGACAAGAUUAUAGUCGACAGGUCUGAUAUGGAGAAAUGGCCAAGUGUCAAUGAGAGUAUAAGACCAGAAGAUUCUGCAGCCAAAAGCAACAGUGCCUCAUGGGAUAGUGAUUUGACCUCGGAAGAGAGAAUGUCUGUUGGGCUGAGAAUGGAUAGUUCUCCUCUUUGUGAAUACAUUGAAGCAACUGUAGAGGGGGGUUCAUCCUCACAGUCUGAGAAUAAGGAAUCCAUUAAAGGAAUAAAUCAGUCCUUCAUUUCCAAGGUAUUGCAUCCAGCUGGAAACAAGGAGGGGACUCAAGGCCUAAACCAAAACUACAGCCAUCCAUCCUGGGCUGCCCCCAUGCAAGAUGGUCCUGAUGAAGCAGCCUCAAGCAGAGGACCCUUAACCCAAACUGUCUCUGAGGAAUCUCCUCCCAUACCCUUGAGUCCAUUGCAUCAAAUGCUCGGCAAGAACAAAGAGUGUAUUAUGGCUGACUGGAUGGAGCUUAAAGCUGGAACAAAUGUUGUUGUUGACUGCAAAGAGGGUGGUGUCACCUGUGCAGAUGUGUGGGAUACAGGUACAGAGACUGUUGGGAGGAAAGGUGAAAUAGCAGGUGGGGAAGGAAGUUCAGGUGAUCGCACUGGCAUCUCUCAGGUAACAUGGGAUAAAGAGACGGUAGGUUCAAACGAGCAGGCAGCUACAGAAUGGACCUCUGAUUUAGCUGUUGGAGAAUCAAGAGAGGAUGUGAGAAAAAGCUCUAGGGAGGGCUCAGAUAGUUUACAGGGCUCAACAAUGUUUUCAACCAAUACAGUGACAUCAAGAGAUGACAAUAAGGAAAGAGUUGUUGGUUGGGGUGAAUCUGAUGAAGAAUCUACUGACAGGAAAAGCAGUGAGGAAGAGACGCUGGUCCAUAGCCCCUCCAGAGGUCAGUCUCUCCACCAAGAAGAGGCCUUACAGAGUGUGAUCAGUCGCACUAACCUGGAUCCCAGAGUGCUGUGUAACACUGGAUGGGGCAACACCCAGAUCAAGCAGAAUGUUGCCUGGGAUCUAGAGGUGAAUAGUGGGAAUGUUGACUGGAAUCAAGAGGUUCACACUGGCUACAAUAAGGAAGUUUCGCAGAACGGAGGUAAUGCACCUCAUUCCAGCUCCAAGAUUCAGAAGCGUGAGAGACUGGAAGGCAGCCAGGGUCAUUUGGGUGGAGGUAAAGGGUGGGGCAGUGACGAGCAGAAGUGGGAAGAGAGGAAGAUGGAGAAAGAGGAUAGGUGGGGAAAAGCCCAGGUGAGUGAAGGUACAUGCAGGAGGGAAGGGGUGGGGAGGGACCAGGGUGGUGGAAGUGAGUGGGGACAGACAGCACCUUUGCCCAAGGGUGGAGGCUUGAAGGAAGAGAGAGACAGUGACUGCAAAAAUCAGGAUGAGGGGUUAUGGGGUAUCUCUGAAGAUGCUGGGCAUCGGAGUGCUGCCUGGGGAGGUAAUGGAGGAGGCAGUGUCAAUGUCAAUCAGCACCAGGGAUGGGGUGAGAAGCCUUCUCCAUCACAAAUAUCAAAUAAUCAAAUAGCACUUAAAACCCAAAUUCAACAGCUGCAGUCACAGACCCAACAACAAAUGCCGGGACAUCCAAAAUCCUUGCAGGACAGCAGGAGUUGUCCAGGAGGGCCAGAUGGUCAGAGCAAAGGGUCUGGAUGGACAUGUGGCCCCAUCCCUCAGAUGUCUUCAGUUGUAAAACCAAGUGGGUGGGAGGAAACCUCACUUCAGUCCAUCAGCCAGAAGAUAGAGAUUGAUGAUGGCACAUCUGCAUGGGGUGAUCCUUCACGCUACAAGAGCAAGAACAUCAAUCUGUGGGAUAAGAACAGCUCUCAGACUCAACAGCAAAGUUGCCAGAUAAGUCUUCAGCAGUCAUCUGAAAGACACGCUGAAGCUCCAUCUAAGAACUCUGUUCCAUCAACGUGGAGAGGUAGCAGUGGUCCCCCAGAUCAGUUCGUGGACAAUAGCUCAACUGCUUGGGGGAAAUCGUUUGAUGGCCCAACUGUCUGGGGAGUCUCAGAGGAACAGGAGAAAGGGGGAGUAUGGGCAAACUCACAUUCCCAUCCUGCAAUGUCUGGUUCAAAGUCUAUGCAAGAGGGGUGGGGUGAUGAAGGCUCAAAUGCAUCCCGUCACCCCAGCUGGGAGGAAGAGGAUGCUGGAACUGGUGUCUGGGGCAGUAGGGGAUCCCAAAGCAGCAUGUCCACAUACAACUCCGGGGGAUGGGGGCAGGGCCAGGGUGCCAGGAGACAUAGCACAAAGAGCCCUCUGAAAGGUAACAGCGGGGACUUGUGGGCAAAUCCCGUGAGUCGGCAGUUCUCAAACAUGGGCAUCAUGGAUGAAGUCUCCAAUGUGGGUCAGGAAAGACAUGACAGGAGAGGAAUGAAUGAUGGAGAAAUGCGGAGAGGGGGCAGGGCUGAUGGAGUAUUUCGCUCACAUAAUUCCAAAGAGACCACACCUGGGGAAGGUGGGCCAUACCUGGACAAGGUUGGGGGUCAUGGUAUGUUUGGCAGCAGUGGUAUUUCUCAGCUAAGAGGGAUGCAUCAGGCCGGUGUGCACCCCCUAAACCCUUCCCCUGGGAUAAGAGCACAAGUGCCUCAUCAGUUCCUGCCGCCUCAGGUUCCCGGGCCUAUGCUAAAGCCAGUGGCGCCCCCUAGUGGUGGCAUGUUCCCUCCCCAGCUAUCCCCCCAGCACAUUGCCAUGCUCAGUGGUAUUCAUCCACACAUGCAACAGUUCCAGCUAGCUUGUCAGCUCAUUCUCCAACAACAGCAGCAGCAGCAGCAACAACAGCAGUUCCUGAAUCAGAGGAAGUUUCCUCCUCCUCCUGUAAGACAACAACAAGACCCACAACAGUUGGCGCGGAUCAUGGCUAUCCUACAGCAGCAACAGGGGGUGGGUGGGCCCAAACUCCCCUCGUCUCCCAUGGGAGGACACGCCCCCAAACAUCCAGACAUGCCACUCCAUCACCUGGGCGUAAAUGCCCACAAACAGCCGGACAUGCCCCUGCAUGCUUCCAUGGGUGGACCAGAGCUGCACACCAAACCAGUGCCAGCUUUCACAGGUUUCACAGGCGGUUCUGAUCUGGAUUAUCUGAGUUCUCCCGGUGGUUUGAAGGAUGGUGGGGGACCUCAGUCUCGCUUUAAAUGGAUGAUGGAUGGAAACAGUCUGAUGCCCUCACUAGAACCCACACUGCACAAUGGACCAGUAAAGUUGGGCGGCGGCUCUUUGUACUCUCAGUAUGAUGUGUUGGGUGGCAAUUGGAACAGAACCGGAAGUGGAAAAGUAGACACAUCUCCUGCCAACCCCACCUGGCCUCCAGAGUUUCAGCCGGGCGUCCCGUGGAAGGGUGUUCGGGGUCCUGAGCUCGAGCCUGACCCCUACAUGACCCCUGCAGGAAUGCUGGGAUCCACCGUGCUCAGUGAUACAGAACAUCACCUGCUGCAAGACAACACAGCGAAAUACUCAGAAUUAAAGUCCAGUUGGCUGCCUGAGCCCAUUGGACACAGCAAAUCAUGGAGGACCAAUCGAAACAGUUCCCAUCUGCCCAGCCCCCCUCCAUGUCUCACCAAUCAGAAGCAGCCGUGGUCAGCAGAGGGGUCACGGAUGUCCAGAGCGUGGAGGGGAGGGGCGAGUGGCCAAGAGUCGCCCUUUAAAUCAGAGUGGAGUGAUGGUGGAGCAGGAAAGUCUUGGCUGCUACUGCGAAACCUCACACCUCAGAUUGACGGCUCGACCCUGAAGACGAUCUGUCUGCAGCACGGCCCCCUGAUGACCUUUCACCUCGGUCUGACCCAGGGUAGCGCUCUGAUACGAUACAGCAGUCCUCACGAAGCCGCCAAAGCCCAGAGCGCCCUGCAUAUGUGUGUUCUGGGAAACACCACCAUCCUGGCAGAGUUCAUGAGCGAGGAAGAGGUCAUUCAAUACUUCACACAUUCCCAGACCGCCGGGGUCACGGGCUCGCCCGAGGGGUCGUCCAGCUCUGACCCCAGCUCACGAGAGACCGAGCGGGCCACGGGCGGAGGGGGGGACGCAGAGGCAUGCGCAGGCUGGCAGGGUGUGGGCGUGACGUGCGGCUCUGGACUCGCUCUCCUCAGCCAAUGGAGCAACAGCACAGGGGAGGGGGUGGGGAAAGGGGUCUUGGGGGUUGUGGCUCCAGGUUACCAUGGCAGCAGCCUAUGGAGCAUGCCUCAGCUGGAGGACAGCAUGGCUGGACUGUUGCCAGGCAACCUGCUUGGAGGCGGUACAGACAAUUUGUGAUUGAUACUGAUUGUGUGUUAUUUAAGUUCUGGUAUGUUGCGGCACUAAACAUAACAGAGAGUUGCAAGCAUAUGGAAGCCCACAGAUGCCAUGUGUCAUUAUAACUUACUUUUGUUUGUUAUUUCAAGGAAAGGGUGAAUCUGAUGAAACGUGUUUGGUUCAUAUUUCACCCCAGAAUCAAAAACGAAGAAAUUAUGUGUUGCAAUUAUAUCUUUCUAGGACCAUUAAGAUUUUUUUUGCACUGUGAAGUUAUUUACAUGACAAUUAAUUAAGCACUUUUCUGCCCCAAAUUCUCAUUACUGUAAAAAUGCAUCCGGAUGUUUUACUUUUGUGUUCAUUCUCAAUGUUGAUUCUCAUUAGAUGUAAUGCAUUAAUACAGUCACUUUUUACUGUAUAACAAAAGCAAAAUACAGUCAUUUUUUUUAUCAUUAAAUUCAGCAUAAAAUAAAGGCGGUAUGACAAAUAAUGCUAUAAUGUAUAAAUAAUGCAUAAUUAUAAUUUUUUUACAUUACAAUAAUGAGAAUUUGGGGGGUUGCUGCUUUGCCAAAAAAUAAUUUCUCAAUACAAAUAAACAUGACCAGGACAUAUUCUUGACAGUUUACAUGAUAUUCACUUAAGUUGAUAUUGCUUGUGUUCUUUAAAUAUCUAUCGUUAGAGGAAUAACACUGAUCUCAAGGCUUCCGCAUGUUUGUCAGUAUUUUUGCAGUUCUUUUUGGUGCCGCUAGAGCUGCAGAAAUUGCACAGAGCUAAAUUUCCACACAAACACUGGACUUACUGACAGGCUUUUAUAUCCAGUGAGAAAUCAAACACACAUGUGCAUUGGCAAGCGUGUGGAUUUGCUUACAGACAUUCUCAUCACCAGAGUUAAGCUAUCAUGUAUUAGAAUGCAGGGACUGUUUCUUAAGGCCUUCUUUAACAAACAUUUCAAACAAACUUGAACAUCAAAUAUAAAUCUGAUGUUACGUUGA